AACUCUCACAUGAAAAUCAAAAUCCUUUAUUAUUCCUCCAAUACUUCAUCUCUCUGGAUCGCUCUCACUUUCUAUGAUCAAAGAAGAAAGAUGUCGAAAGCUACCGUAGAACUCGAUUUCCUUGGCCUCGAGAAGAAGCAAACCAACACCGCUCCUAAGCCUAAGUUCCAGAAAUUUCUCGACCGCCGUCGUAGUUUCCGAGAAAUUCAAGGUGCGAUUUCGAAAAUCGAUCCGGAGAUUAUCAAAUCACUGUUAGCUUCCGGUGCUAACCAUUCCGAUUCAUCAGCCAAAACUCGUUCGGUUCCGUCUACACCAAGGGAAGAUCAGCCUCAGAUCCCGAUUUCUCCGCUCCACGUGCCUCUCGCCAGGUAUUUUUGUUUUUUUCCGGUAAAGUUUUUUUUUAAUAUUUUUUUUGGCGCUUACAAGGAAAGAAGAAAUUUUUUGAAAUUCAAAUUUUCGAAAACUCUCUUCAGGUCCAGUACGGAAGUCGUUUCGGGAACUGUUCCAAUGACGAUCUUUUACAAUGGAACCGUCUCCGUUUUCCAAGUGUCUCGUAACAAGGCUGAUGAAAUUAUGAAGGUCGCUACGGAAACAGCUUCUAGGAAAGACGAAUCGUCGAUGGAGACAGAUCUUUCGGUAAUUCCCCCGACCACUCUAAGACCAACAAAGCUCUUUGGCCAGAAUCUAGAAGGAGAUCUUCCCAUCGCCAGGAGAAAAUCACUGCAACGUUUUCUCGAGAAGCGCAAGGAGAGGUAAAUAUUCUUCAACAAUCCAAGGAUUUUUACCCCACAAAUAAUUAAAUAAGAUUAGUAUCAACAUCUCCUUACUAUCCGACAUCGGCCUAAACGAUCUCUUUUUUAGAUUGGGACAUGGACCAAAUUUGUUAUUUUCAACCACACUUGGAAGACAUGGAUGUUCGUUUUGGAUUUGGCCUAUUCCCAAUCUCUUUUGAAGCCUUCUUCGUCGUUGCUAAAUCGUAUACUAUUCACGACACGUUUUUAGGAGAUUACGUUACCUUCUAAGAUUAUAUAUAUAUAUAUAUAUAUAUAUAUAUAUAUAUUAGUAUUGUUUUUUUAAAUGUUUAUUAUCUUUAAUGUCAUUGAUACUUUAAUUUAAGAAGCUCUCUGUUAUCUCGUGACAUCUACUUUUGUUUUAUUUGGUUUAGUACUAUUUGGAAAAGAAAA